AUGGAGGAAAAGGCGGUCGAAAAUGCAAUAGAAGAAGCAGCUGAUGAAGUAGCUACAGGGUCUGUUGCAAAGUCAGAAGUAGAAAUAGAAACCGAUACUAGAGAAGCAGAUGAAGUUGCGCAUGCAGUAAAUGGUGGAGAAACUUACUUUCUUCCCUCCGUUCUAUACGAAAUGCGACGGUUCUUAUCUGCGGACCCGCGGACGAACUGCGUUCACAACGCUAUGACCGAUUACUUAUCUGAUGAAGCAGUGGGUGAAGUUGCAGUUGAGGCACCCAUGAAAUAG